UAUAUAUAUAUAUAUAUAUAUAUCAAUCUGUGAUUAUUUCUUCGGCUAAGGUUGUGAGAACAGUUUAGAUUUUUCAGUUUACAAGGAAUUUUAAUAUGAUGAACGCUGAUAUAUAGAUAUAUACGUAACCGGCGAUAUGAAUCGAAUGGUAGACGACAAACGACUUUGUAAUCUGUAAGUUGAGUCACUGCCAGGUUUUUACCAUUCAAGCUGCCAACUACCCUAGUAUAUGUUUUAGGAAUUCUACAACAAUUAUCUGCCUGUGUUCUCUAAAUGAAUAUAUCUACAGGACAGUUACACUGUCAAAUGCAGUAAGUGGAUGUAGAUGUAGAGAUAAAUAUACAGUUUCUUUAUAGUAGUUGUUAUUCGCAAAAUUCUUUCUGCACAGUUGUCAUCUGUAAUUUUCAAUAAUGAGAAAUGAUUUGUUGUUAUUUUACCAAAUAACGAUUCUGAGAAUUUAUCUCGGUCACUAAGUCUGUCAGUUGUUUAUGUCAAAUAAAGAAUCAACUCAAUACAUGGAUCACUUAACCUUCAAUUGGUAGAUAACAUGUUCGAACUGUAUUCCACUUAAUUUGGUCUAAACACUAUCACUAAACUCAUGCAUAUUGUGCAAUGGAAAUUCGAGUAUGUAAACCUGUACUGGGCGUAUGAAUUGUUAAAUCUUAGAAUACUAAUAAUUGUUUCUGAAUGAUUAUUCUGCUUUGUUUUCAUCCAAUUUCGAUUGUUUUUAAGCUUCUGUAAUGCAUUUUUUUAUUGUUUAUAAUGAUUGUACUCUCAAUAUUCCUACUCUUUAUUUAUAACUGUGGCCAUUCGAUGUAAACUUGAUAAAUGUAUCCGUACUUAAGUCUGUCUGUAUUAUAAUUCUUCAUAAAUCAUUUUAAUAACAAUAAUAAUAUGAUUAAAAAUUUUAUACCAAACAAUAGCAGAUUCAGCUUUAUUACGUAAAAAUCAUUCUUCAGUAUACUUAUUGAUUAUUUCAAAUUUGUUUGUCAUGACUGGAUGUGUAAGAACUCAUAUUACUUCCAUGAAAUGAUAUGCAUGUUUUCACGAUGAAUUACAUCUAUAUACUAAAUUCAUUCAUUUUCUAUUUAAUUCAUAUAAAUUAUGGCGUUGAAUAUUUACAAAAAUCUAAUUUGUUUUGUACAGAUUCAAUGUUAGAAACAGGAUUUACACAGAUUAUAUUAAAUAGCACACUACCAUUAUUUGGUAAACUGAAAUGGUUUAGUAUUGAAAAUUUAACGAAUAUCAAUAAAUUGCACAAAUUAAAAACUAUACAUUUCCAUAAAUGUUUUAAUACAACAAUUCAAAUGUUUGAUAGUUGUUGGAAUUAUAUAAGACAAACAUUUGUUGAAUAUUUAAUUCCAAUAGAAAAUAGCAAUGAUCGAGUUAUUAUUAAAAAAUUUGAACAAAAUCAAAGAAAUAGAACAAUAAGAACCGUAAAUAAUGUAACAUAUUUGAAUUUUUUAAAUGCACUAUGUUUAACUGCAUGUUAUAGUCGAUAUCAAGAAAAUUUAGAACCGAUUAUAAAUGAUCAUGUUUUCUGUCCAUUCCCAUGUAUUCUACAGAAAGAUUGUUCAUUUGAUGUAUGUAAAAAUUAUGGUAUAUUUACACAUGAAUAUGAAUGUCCAUGUGAUAAUUCAAGUAAAUGGGAUAGAGAUAGUAAUGAAUGCUUACCAGACAGUAUAUACAAGAUAAGGCAAACGAGAAAUUAUCCAGAUAUGUUAACGAAAGAAAAGAUUCUAAGGCAAAGAAACCCGAGAAAUUGUGAGCCCAAUAGUAAAUGUAGUAAAAAUGGAACAUUAUUUUGUACUUUGGAUUCAAAUUAUGAGUAUACAAUAUGUGUGUGCAAACUUGAUUAUCACGGUAUUUAUUGCCAAGACAAAAUAAAUGCUUGUCUAUUUCGUAUUGAACAUCAUUUACAACCAAAUGGUGGAACAUUAAUUGCUGGUAAUACAGCAUGUAAUAUUAAUAGUUCAGGCAAUAAAUGUGUCGCAUUAAUAAGUGCUGAAGGUGAUGCAUCAUAUCAAUGUCAAUGUAAUGAAACGCACUGGAUACCAGAUAUUGAAUUACCUUAUCCUAAUUGCUUACAAAAACUGACAAAGUGCGAUUCUAUUGUAUGCGUACAUGGAUUUUGUGUUUCAAAUUAUCAUACUGAUCAGGCUAAAUGUGUAUGCAAUGCUGGUUACAGUGGACCUGCUUGCGAAAUAUGGGCUGGUGUAUGGUCGAAAUGGUCAGAAUGGGGUCAGUGUCGACCAACCUGUGGAAAUAUACGUUAUAGUUUACGCCAGAGAGAUUGUUUGUCAAUGAAAUUGGGGAAUAAAUCAAAGCUAUGUUUAGGUUCACCCACUGAAUAUGUUAAAUGUUCAGAAAACUUAUGUAUAUGUAAGUAAAUAGCUAACAAUCAGAAGAUAAAGUGCUUGUUUAUUGAUUUUUAAAAAGAUGAUGAUUGUGGAAAGCAAGUAUAUAUAUAAAGGUGUAUCUUAUCCCGAUUUAUACUAUUCAAUACAACAGAAUAUCAUUGCUAUGAGGUUUACAUUUAAUGCUGUAGUUUGUGUCACAGUUGUUGUAAUUUGGAGUUUAUUGUUUUUGGCAUCCAUAAAAUCAUUUUAUGGUUUACUAAAAAAAUUAUAUCUGCAAAGACGACAACUUAAAAUAAAGACGUUGAGACGUGCAACAUUUGAACAAGAUGAAAGUAAAAUGCCUGUGAAUCGAUGUGAAAAUAUUAACGAUACAAGAGAAGACAAUGACGAAACUAAUAAAUAUUAAUGGAUGACAUACUUUUACUAACUGUUACAAGUUUAUACAUUUUACUACGUUUACUGUGUUUAAUCAUUUAUCAUUAAAUCAAAUGGUUAUAAAUCAGUUUAAACAAUUUUUUAUCAUCUUAUUAUUUAGAAUAGAUAUCCGUUGUGAAA